AGCCUGGAACUUUUGUGGGACUCAGGCCCUCCCCGAUUUGCCUCCAAAGUUUCGCGUGAUCAAGUUUCGUUGUCACGAUGGAACACUUGGAGCCAAAAGAAAAGCGUCUUAAAAUUGUCGAGAUCUCGAAAAACAGCGAUUCAAACAACAAUGUUUCAAUUUCAAAGGAGGCACCAUUCGACAGUCACAAUUGUAAGGAAAACCAAAGCAUUCAACGAGUUGAAACUGAUCACGUGGAAAUCGACGCGGGAAAUGGACGUCUGGUCUGCGAGCACGGCGUGGACUGCAGCGAGACAGACUUAAUUCACUUCGCAGAUUUCUGGCAUCCCACAAAAACAGACGGGGACGAAGAGGAUGAUCAGAAAGAGAGCGGAUCCCAUGAAGUAGAUGAGUGUGAAGUUGUAGAAUUGCCUUUUUACAGUGUGGAAGCCACGCAGGAAGUAUAUGAUGACCCAUCCGACAGCGAAUCUGAUAACGGCGAUUUUGUAGAUGGAAAUUCGAACACGAUAAAGCACUGUCAAGAAAAAGACUAUAGUUUUGACAGCCUGAAUCCUCAGUAAGUGAAAAUAAACUUAUUAUAGGUUACAUUGCAGUUUAUUUGCUCAACGUGUUGAAAUGAAAAAGAAGGCAACAAACCUAAUUUAUUGGCAACACGCUGAGGAUACUGAGCAUAUUGUGUUUACCCCUAGUCACGCGACGAAUAUGGCUUGAAAUCACAAACGGUAACCUAUUUUAAAAGCUUACAUUUUAGUAGAAUACUCUGUAUCAAAGGCCAGGUAUUUUUCCUUACAGGCGCCCAUCUCCGCCGCCUCAUCAAAGCUAACAGUAUUUGUAUUAAGAACGGAAGUAGUACGAGUGUACAAUUUACAUUACAAUAGUUCGAUAACGUCCCCUUGUUUACUCAGAGAAUGGACUUGAAAGACUAGGGUUAAUCAUUUAAUGUAAAAGAUUUCUACUUCUUCUUUAGGCCAUCACCUUUUUUUUCUUCGUUUACCGUCGAAUGCGUUUCCUGAUAUUGGGUCGGUCGGUCGGAUUGAAAAAAAAAAAAACCUAGAAAAAAAUCACAAGAAGUCUCGGAAUAGUAGGCCCUGGUACCCCAGGACGACGUUAAAAGUAAACAUUCACAUAUUUGGAUUAACAAAAUGCACAAUAUACUGUGAAAAAUGUUCAUGUUUUUGUUCCUGUUUUUCUCUAUGCUGUUACUAUGCUCAUUUUUCAGAUUAAAAGAAUUAUUUCAAGUGAAAAAUGGUGUAACUACGUCGUUACUUUUUUUUUUGAAAAUGCCAAAAAUUUGGGUCGGUCGGAGGACGGUAAACGGAGAAAAACAAGAGGAUGGCCUUACUGAAAAAAGAAACGCUUCCGCGUCAAGGUGGUAUAAUAAUUGUAGUGAUGAUGAAAAAAGCAGCUGUUUCGGAAAAGUCAUGCGAUGCCUUCUGCAAAAUCAAAAACGUUGCGUGACUUUUCUAAUGUGCUGGCUUAAGUGUCACGCGAUUUCUAUUGACAUAUAGCAUGAAAGUGAAAACACUUUUUAUAAUACAAAAAUGAAGAACGUAUACAAAAAUCGUGCUGUUGAAUAGAAAUAUUAUUUACCGGCUAUUUCUCGAAGCCAGCAGUCAGUUCAAUAGGUCACUUUCCAGAUGUGUGCUCAGUGCUCAGACCUUGAAUUGACCACUCCAGAAAAUACUAUAACAUGCCAUAAUGCUCUUUUUUUUGUCACCCCAAAAUUUUGCAUCAGCAUUGUCUUCAGCUUCUCUUUGGGCCAUUUUAAUUCCAAGAGAAACUGAAGACAAUGCUUAUGCAAAAUUUUGGGGUAACAAACAAAGAGCAUUAUGGUAUGUUAUGGUAUUUUCUGGAGUGGUCAAUAGAAGCGAGGCUGUAGAUGCGAGGCUGUAGAUGACCUUGUACGUUAUAUGCCUUCCCACAACAAGGCCACCUGAGCCUCGCUUCCAUUCAAAAGCCAGGGCACUGAGCACCGAAUGGCCUAAUCACACGACAAUUAAAUUUAUAACAACACUGAGCUUUUCAACGAUUUGUAGACUUUCAAGAGACGAUACAAUACUGAGCCGUGGUCCCAGCAUAGUAAAGAGCUAUUCCUUGUUGUCUGAAACAGAGCGUCGAGAGCUCAUACGAAGGGCCUUUGAAAUGAAGGAUCUCCUAAAGAAAGAACUUGAUAAAACAUUAAGCAUCAUUGAAGAAAAAAAUAAAGAACUUCGACGAUUUCACUCCCAGCUAGAGCGGGGGCAGUUGAUGGUUGAAGGCGAAAGAGAGGCUUUGGAUAAAGAUGAUUUGCAUUAUUUUCCUCUUUUUGCUGAGAGAGAAUACAAGGAAGGCUCGGCUGCCCAAAUGCAUUUUCGCCUAGCAGGUAAAGUUGGUAAACUAUUUUACCGCCUGUAUCAGUAUACAUUUGUAAUUCAUCAUGAUUCAUAAGUAGUUGGAUUUGUUGAGAAAAAGUAUGUGAAAGAGUAAAAUCGAACCAAUUACCGCGCAGAUACUAAAGUAAAGUUGUGGCCGUUUAUUUUACCCAAAUUUAGGCCAAGGGGUUAAAAGCACUUUUAUUUCAACUUGCACAAAUUUAGCUUCAAUUCACAAUAGAUCUGCGAAGCAUGCUAGGCAGUUUUAGUACAGAAAUUAUUCUAUGUUACAGUAAAUUUGGGUAGCUGAUGGUGCGUGAGUGAAAAGGCUCUGUCAGGUAUGAAAGGACAAGUCUAGUGUCUCUAGUCUGUUUUGUUUCUUAUUUGUUUUAGAAUCGCAGUUUUACAGACUCGUAGACACCACAGAUAAGUAUAGAGUCACCAAGGUGGAGUAUGUCGUUAAUCCUGUGUUGAUCAGAAGAUUCCAUAAAUCUCGCCAGAAGUUGAAAAACGCACGAGGUGAGGAGACGUCUUACCCAGUGCUGGCAUUCCAUGGAACAAAGGAGACGAACAUACAUUCCAUAUGUAACACUGGAUUUCGUGCUCCGGGAGAUGCAAAUUUUGAACAUGCAACUGAUACAGGUGAGUACGGUCCUAGGUCAGUCUCUAAGGCAGCGAUCUUAUUCAGGGCUUCACGUGUCCGUUAAAGAAUGCGUGACUGCGUGACAAAGCUUUAUGGACGUCUACGUGGUAGGCUACGAUCUUGAGCAGAAUAUAAUAAAAUUCAAAGCAAACUCCUCAUCCCCCCACCCCCUCCGAAAUCAAGGAUGAAGCCGCGCGAAAACGCGCCAUUUUUCCAUGGGUUGAUUUAUUAGGAGUAGCCCCCCUCAGUCCCAUACAGUUUGAAUCCGAAGCUGAUCUCUUCGAUAAUUCACCUUAUGAUCCUUUGCGGACUGCUGUCCAAUCUCCUAGCUAUGGUUUGAAUUGUAAAUAAGAUAAUUCACCCCGCUUGCAAUUUUCGGAGUUCUCUACGGCGUCUCCGUUAUAUUAGAGUAUACCCUGCUAUCGGAACUCCUCUAUGCUAUUUCAGGAAUCGCACGGUAUCACGUUGAAUGAAGUGGUCCAUCCUUCCCCAAUACUUUUGUUAUUUCAAAGGCACCAAUGUGUGUGUCGUUUGGGAAUAUCCGAGGUCAACUCCUUGGUGCUCUCGGAAUGGUACAGGCAGAUUUAGCAAAGACGACGCAACGUCAAAUAAGAACGCGAAGGCGUGCGGAAAGGACUGAACGCGACUUCCGAUGCUCAAUUUUCCUCUGUCAUUCAGCCAAAUCGGUUCUUAGAUCUGCGCGCGCCGUAGUCACUUUCGUCUCCUUGUCUUUGCCCAAUCCGCCUACUAUGUGCUAGAGCGGACGCCCAGCAAUCUAGUGUGAUGCCUGGCUGUCACUGUUCUAAUUUUAUGUUCGCAUUUCCCGGGUAGGAUAUUACGGCCGUGGAGUGUACUUCAGCGAGUACCCUUCCUACUCCAUGAACUACAUCAGAGGUGCAUCAAAGCUCCUUCUGUGCCAGGUGCUCCCAGGAAAGGUUUAUCGAUGUACCAAUCUGAUUCACGGAGAGCCCCUGGAAAGGGGGCAUGAUUCACACACCUCUCCAGACGGCAAGGAACUUGUGAUCUUCAACUCACAUCAUAUCCUACCAUCCUACGUUGUUCACUAUGGUGAAGCUACAGGAGACUUCACAUACGCAAAGACUGUGACAUAGGAUGUUUUAGCUCAUUAGUUUUAAGAGCGUUUUUUUUAUCAUUGCCUUGGUUUUGCAAAUCUGCGCUGUCAUGUCAUUAGCUACAAAAGUUCUCGACCCAUCCAUUGACAUUUUCGUAGGUUAGAUAAACGGCCCUCUAUUAAAAAGAAGCCCACGUCAAGAGGGUGGCGAUAGUGCGAAAGCAUCGCCAUAGCUAAAGAAUAUGUUAUUUUCAUGCGGGAAGGUCCGGAUCGUGAAAUACCGUGCAUUUCCAAAGCCGAGAUAACGGUAUUUUACGCACGACUCUUACAAAGUGUUUUAAUUGUAAUCAUAACUAUAACAAAAGUGUCAAAUCUGAUUGGCUAUCAACUGCCCUGAUUUCAGCCUUAAUUGGACAGUACGCGCCAUCACGCGCGCUCUUUGACUUUUCAGUUUCACUGCUAGCAAAACAAAAUUUGGAAUUUCUUGGGUUUUGAUUAAAAAAAAUAGCCUAUUAUAUCACAAAUUUUGUUAAAGUUAUGAUUAAUUGGUAACAGAACUUCGUGUCGUCCAAUUCGGUCUGUAAUCAUACUCGUGAUUAAA